AUGUCUCAGUAUAAUUGCAGCAUGCAGAAGGGUACCGUACAAUUCUGCAUUGGUAAUCUCUUCCACGUGUUUCUCUUUUACAUGCCCUCUCUGCCACCAGAAUCAACUGCUACGCCCGAGCUCACAACUGGCCACUACGGGGUGUGCUACUUAAACCCGUGUCAGAACGGUGGCAGCUGCACAAACCUGCCCUACUACCCCUACUACCGGUGCUACUGCCACUCGUACUGGACGGGCACCAGCUGCGAAUACUACGGUUCUACUCCUUCGCCCGCAUCGCCUUCUAUUCCUGACGUCCCGGUCCGGCUGGUCGGGGGAGGCCGGUGCCAGGGCCGCGUGGAGGUGUACUACGCGGGCUCGUGGGGCACCGUGUGCCACGACAGAUGGGGCCUGCGGGACGCCGAGGUGGUGUGCAAUCAAGUGGGCUGCGGCUAUGCCUUGUCCGCUCCGGGCGGCGCUCUCUUUGGGAACGGCAGCGGCCAGAUCUGGUUGGACGAAGUCAAUUGUUAUGGCCACGAGUCUUCUCUCUCCCGGUGCAGCCACUCUGGGUGGGGUCGUCACGACUGCAAUCACUAUAAGGAUGCCUCCGUCAUCUGCUCACGAGGCAACACCACAUCGCCCACCAGUGCUCCCAGCAAUAGCACGUCAAGGAUAUUCCACUGCAACUCGCAUGACAUGGAGCUGCUGAUCCCCCUGAGCGAGAUCUCAUCGCGCGGGCUGUCCGUGUACGACAUCCGCCUUCAGGACCCGUCGUGCCACGCCACGGUGUACGGGCAAUACGCGCGGCUCUACGUGCCGCUCAACGGCUGUGGCUCCAGGACGGAGACCAGCGGCGACACCAUCAUAUACAUGAACACGGCCUACGGCUACGUGUCUCCAAACGGCGCCAAGCGGCUCCGGGUGCCCAUGUUCUGCUACAUGGGCUCGAGUGGCCGGGCAAUGGUGAGCUUCACCCCCAGGGUACAGGACGAAGUCAGCAUGGGGCUCUUCGAUCUCCGGGUGCGCUUCUAUACGAACCAAUUCUUCAACCAGCCCAUCUACUCCUACCCAUACGACAUCGAGCUGGGAGAGCCUCUCUACGCCGAGGUGGCGCUGACGUCGGUGGCCCGGGACCUUCAGCUCUUCCUGGAGACGUGCAAAGUCUCGCCCUACCCGGGAGCGCCGGACAGCGCCUCCUUUUUCCUGCUCCAGAACGGGUGCCGCGUUGACCCCUCCUACAACGAGCACAACAGCGGCGUCAACGACCGGCGGCGUUUCAGCUUCGACAGCGUGGAGUUCUUCGUCGGAGCGCAGGUGUACCUGGAGUGCGCGGUGCGCGUGUGCAACACCUCCGACUGGGGCUCGCGGUGCCGUCGAGGCUGCGUGCGGGGAUCGCGGGCGGCGCGUGGCCUGGGGGAGGCGCGCGGGGACGCACGUCACGCCGACCACUCCGUCGACCUGUCGCAGGGACCCAUCAGACUCCGCAAGACUCGCGAAGCCUCCCUGGAGGAGCAUGGUAGCGCUGGGCUGCCUGGCUGGACGGGCAUGGUGUACGCCCUGGCUGCCACCCUGGCCGUCAGCGCCGUCUGCGUGGCCGCCGUGAAAAUCUACCAGCUCCGCUCCGGAAGGAGGAUCCAAUACCAACCGCUUGUCGACACCGAUGCCUUCACAACCUGAUGAGCCGUGGAAUUGUAUUCAUAGUCGUAGUGAAAAAUUUAAAGUUCUCGAUUCAAUUCAUGGACUAAGCUGGAACAUUGGUGUAUCGAUUAGUUUCAAAGAAGCCGUGUUCUUCAAAUUAUUUUUCAGGCAUUUUAAUCGUUUUUUUUUUAAAUGCCAGUUGUUUUUAUGAAUGCCUUUAUCUGUUCGUAAUCAUGUAGUUAGGGUUAUGGCUUCAUACUUGAACACUGCACAUGCAGGUCAACGCUUGAGUGAUUCUUUGUAUUGGGAGCUGUCCUCAAUACUUUGUAUUGGGAGAGAUAUUUAAUAAAUGGCUGACGGUCAA